AUGGAGGAAUGCAAAGAAGAACUGGCCUUAACUGACAUUUACAUGGCUAGAGUGAGAAUGAAAAAGAGAUUUCGGCCAACUCCAUGCCUGGUAAGUUUGUCCUGUUUUUCAAAGUUUUAUCGUAAAAUUGUAAGUCGUCUCGGUCUACGUUUUCUCUUCAUAAAGCAUUUAAGCUUGCUCAUGUGUCGAUGUAUAUGGUACGGUUAAAACAAGCUAUGUGGCUCUUGUCUGAGUAAAUAUGAUUCAGCUAGUCGAUCGUAUGGCGCGAUUUUCUGUAACCAGGAAAAAUACGACGCAACUCGCAAAAUAUCCGCGCGUAUUAUAAGUAGAACUAUUGAAUAAGGUGUGGAGUUCUCUUUUCGAUUGAGUGUCGUAAAAGCAGAGCCAAACUAAAGACAGCGCCAGUCAUAAGUUCUAGGGAAAGUACGUUUUAAAGCUAAUGAUAUCUCAAAGUUAAAACAACCAUAUUGCCUCAAGUGCGGGAAAACGCAGGCGACCAAGGCGUGAGUUUUGCAUCUGAUUGGGUUAGAGAGUGGCAUCAAUUUUCUGGACCAAUCACAGAGCAAAGUAACACAAAACUAAUGCAAUAUCGGAUUACUUUCGCAAAUUAAUUGAAAAUUGCCCGUUUUGCAACGCUUUCAAACUGAUAAGAAAGGAAACCUUUGACCAGAAUCUUUUAUGGAGCAGUAAAAAUACUAUAGUAUGAAAAUAUUAAUAUUUUCAAUUUUUACCUUGUAUUUUAACAGACGACCUGUUUUGGAGUCGACUUCGGAAUUGAUGUCCUCGUAAAAGAAGAGAAUCUUUCCCCAACCGGCAGGUACUUUUAAAGUGGAAACUAACCUACAACUCCUGAAGUGAAAUGUUCUUCACUGAAAGGAUAUUUUUAAGUUUCUUCAAUUAAUUGUUAAAAGUUACUUGUUCAAAAUUUGGUUUUGUUCUACGACGUCCUGCGAUUUUCCCAGAAAACUUGCGCCAGCUUCGAAUUCACAACCGAUCAGAUGAUAAAUUAAAAACAAUCACUAUGUAGUUUUCGGCGAUCUCCUGCGCUCCUAACCGUUCGCUAGUUUAACUACAAAUGCGUUGUUGACUAAGCGUGAGAUAAGAAUGGCUGAAUUUUUUUUUGCGUUUUUAUGGACCGAGACGAAGUCGAGGAAAUAGAAUUAAAAAAAGAAAAAGAAAAAGGCCAAUAUCCAGCCAUCUUGACUUAACAAGCUUGGUCAAUAAAAGAUUUAUGAUACAGAAAAAAAGUUUCGAUACAAUACAAAUCAAGAAUGACUUGUUUAUUUCGAGAGCCGGGAGAGAAGUCGAACUGUGUUUGUAUCACAAAAAACUCUUAAGGUUCGUUUAAUGUUAUCUUUAUUUUAACUGUCUUCUGCCGCUUUUUGCGACUCCAUCGCCGACAUUGUCCAAAAAUUACGAACUUUGUAAGUCCAUUCGACGUAAUCAUUUUCUUGUGCGGGAUCAAGCUAAGGCGGGUGAUACCAACGGGCAAGUUGGGCCCAUCAUGCUCGCUCGGAUAGCCAAUUAGAACACAGGAUUCGCUUCAUACUACCCACGGGCGCUACCGGCUGUGUAAGAAGAGUUUUUACUGACCCCUUGUGAUAUUACCUUCUGUUCUGAUUGGCCUCUGUAACAGACCUCUUGUAGGUUUUGUCAUAUUUAACUGAAAUGCGCUCCACAACUUUUUCCCUGAUAGCUCCUUUUUUUGGGAGCUUUAUCUUCAUUAGUUAAAUUAUUAUCCCUUGAUUCUUCAGUUACUUUGACAGAGCAGUUCUAAACUCUCUCCUAGUUUUACCAGAGGUAAGAAUACUAUGGCUCAGUGAAACGUAACUUAAACAGUUUUCAAUUGGUUGUAGGAAAAAGCCGGGAUUGUUUCGAUAAUUGCUUUUUCUCUUUCGCUCUAAAUAACUUGCGCUCUUUCAACAAAUUAAAUGAAAACUUACACCAAUCGCUUUUUGUUCAAUCACAUUUCCUGCCGUCUUACUCCAUUAUUUGUGUUAUCUUUAAGUUCUAAUGAAUUCUCUGUUUGUAAUUUCUCCCUUCCCAAACUGAAGAUCGUUGCUGAUAAACAGUUAUGAUAAAUUUUCAAUCGUAGAAGUUAUGCAGAACUAAUAGCUCUAUCUUCAAGCAUAAUUUGAUCUUCAUCUAAAAGAAACCCCUUUUUGCAUGAAAUUAAUCACUUCUCGAGCUGAGGCUUAUUUUGGCGAGAAAAAAGACACUCUUUACCACUUUAAUUUCGCUUUUACAUCUAGAAGUCAAUCAUUUCUUCGAAAAUAUCACGAUUACUUAAUUAUACUAAUAUAUAAUAUUUAUUAUACCUGUCGGAUACAACGUGCGCAAUGAUUGGUCGAUUUAUCGAGCCGUAUUUCCCUGUACGGCCCUCUAAAUUCAAAGAUUUGUUUAAAUUGAAAUUUCCCCCCUCGAUUUUAACCCACAGAUAAAACAAAUAACCUACUAACAUCGUUUUCUUGAUUCGUACUGUAAGUUACGGAACCUAGUUUUUUCGCUCGAAUUUAUGGCCCGCGUCCAUAACUAAGUACGGACCUUGAACUCGGUUAAUAAGAGGGUUAUGUAGACCCUAGCAUGACGCCAUUUCUCUCCUCUCUCUCUCUCUGUUUACAUGCAGGAUCAGAAACGUCGAGGAGUUAUCACAGCAUCAGAAUGUAGGCCCUUCAUCCGAGCACUGUUCUAUUACGGGCCCAAACUCGGGAUACCCGUGACCGUAGUAGUACCUCUAGGAAGUGAAAUUCAGCAACAAUUGUUGAGCAAACCUGGAAAGAACAUUGUGAGCUGCGGGAGUGAUUUAGAUGAGGUAUCAAAAGUAUCCAUGGGUACUGAACUUAAUCAUUAAACAAAACUAUUCACCAAGGCUUUAAUUUGAAGAGGCAAGUCUUUAAACGGUUAUUGAACGUUAUAGUAAAGUGAACAAGCAUUUGAAAAGAAAAAAAAAAGCAGCAACAUCAACACCAACGACAACAAACGAAUAAGCGAACGGACAAUACGAUUAUUUGGUUCACAAAACGUGUUUCGAAUUCCUUUUUUCAGUUGCGAAAAUCUUAUAUUCAGUUUGAAUUUGACUGCGCAAUAAUACUAUAAAAUUCCUAUUUUUAAAUUGUCAAAUAAAUCAAACGAAAUUAAAAUCGGUUUAUUUACUCACGCACAGCUAAGAAUAGCUGAAACAGAAGCAAAAGUGGCUUAAUAACAACGAAAUAAAAACCACUUUAAGUAAAAACAAUCGGGCUUUGUUGAAAGAAUGAGUCCUAAGGCGUUUGCGCGCUUUUUGAUUUAAGCUUUCCUGGUUGAUAAUGAACAUGAAAAAAUUUCGCGCUUCUGAUUGGCUGAAAACAAGUGCAGUCUCUAAAACACAUGUGCAAAAUUGUAACACGAGUGAAAAUUGCAAAUAGCGCGCGCGCACGCUUUCAAAAUUUCCUCUGUCACGCUUUUCGGUGAUGUUGUUUCAUUCUUUAAAUUAUCAACGAGUAAUAACAUGAUCUCUCUCGCAAUUUGGUGUAAUAAGCACUUGCAAAUUUUUCAAAGACUAUAAAUUGCACUCGCCCUACGGGUUUGUGCAAUUUUGAUGUCUGUGAAAAAAAUUACUCGUGCUUAUUAACACCAAAUUGCGAGAGAAAUUAUGUCAAUACCUAUACAAAUUUUACUUUAAUUCUUUAAAUUAUUUAGGCAAAAAGAUGCGCAGAGGAACUUAGAAGAGGAGUAAGACUGGAAUAUAUAGAUAGGUAGGUAAUAAAAAGGAAUAUCAAAGCCGACAGAAUUGCAGGCCUCCAGACUCAUAGGUAUGUCAAUACUACGAGUGAUAAGCUAAUAAAUAGCCGCGGGUGGCGUGGAGAUUAGUGUUGCCGUUAAUUACGAUUUCAAAAUUUAAGAGGAUUAAUAUUCCUUUUAUUAGAAUUUAUAACGCAGACGUCUUGGUAAGAGAUAGUCAUUUUCGUCUAAAACUACAGAUAGCUUUCAUGGAAUCGAUAUUUCCGAGCACACGUUCUGACUGCACCUGAGUGCUCUCUCGUUUUCUUUCGGCAAUUAUAAAUACACAUUGCUUGUAUAAUCCCUUUGAAACUUUUUUUUGUUAUGAGUCCUGUUUAUACAACAUUGUAUUUAAAGAAAAAUUCAGGAUUAUCGUCAAUCCUUUUACAAAUCCACUUACAAUUAUUCAUUUUCUUAGUGACCAAAGCCUCACCAUGCUAGCUGGCCUGGGUACCCUGGGGCUCGAGAUCUUAGAACAAUGUGACUGUAACUUGGACGCAGUUGUCGUUCCUGGGAGUGACACAAACCUUCUUAGAGCGCUAAGAUAUUCUAUAAAAAGGAUUUUCCCUCAAAUUAAAGUAAUG